AUGUUUGCGCCUUCGAACGCCCAAAGUGCAGCGGCAGUCAUGAACCCAACAGCUUUGCCCGGGAUUCUUCCCGGGUCUUUGAACUCCAUUAACACCAAUCCCAACAACAACAACAACAACAACAACAGUGCCAGAAAUAGUUCCGGAAACCUCAACCUCAACGCUCCCGGCGCCACCAAUAACAAUGCCCCAAACUCGCUACACGCAUUAGACGACCCCAACGUUUACCAUUGGAUCUGCCAGCUAACAUACGGCCCGAAUAAAGAGCAAGCGCUAUUGGAACUGGGACGUAAACGCGAGCAAUACGAGGACCUCGCUGUCGUGCUAUGGUCUUCUUUUGGUGUUGUUGCAGCGCUGCUGAGCGAAAUCACCUCCGUUUACCCCAUGUUGUCUCCUCCGGUGUUGUCAAACCAGCUCAGCAACCGCGUUUGCAAUGCCCUCGUACUUUUGCAGUGCGUAGCGUCCCAUCCAGAAACCAAAACGCUGUUUUUGCAAGCCCACAUCCCAUUGCUACUCUUCCCUUUCCUAAACACCACUUCAAGACAACGAACUUUCGAGUACCUUCGUUUGACGUCCUUGGGUGUCAUCGGCGCCCUCGUCAAGAACGACUCCACAGAGGUAAUAGCGUUUCUGUUGCGCACAGAUAUCAUCCCGCUGUGUCUGCGCAUCAUGGAGUCUUCUUCAGAGCUCUCCAAAACGGUUGCCAUAUUCAUUUUACAAAAAAUCCUUCUCGAUGAUGCAGGACUCCAAUACAUAUGCGCUACUCCAGAGCGAUUCCACGCAGUUUCUCAAGUGCUCACAUUCAUGGUCGAGCAAUUAACACUGCAACAAACACCUGGUCGUCUCCUGAAACACGUUGUGAGGUGUUAUUUGCGUCUCAGUGACAACCUGGAGGCCAGAAGACUGCUCAAACAGGUGCUUCCACGACAACUGAAGGACAACACUUUUGGAGAAGUUUUGCGUGAUGACCUAGGAACCAAAAGGUGCCUGGCACAAUUAUUACUGACACUCAACGAGGAUUGA